AUGAGGAAGAAAGUUAUUUCAAAAGAGCCACAUCGUGAAAAGAUUCAUAAGCUUCCAGCAAAGCCAAGACCCUCAACCCGUUCUCAGGAGCGAACAUUCACUCCGUCUCCUUCUCCUCCUACCUCACCUCCUCGGUGUGAUCCAAUGGCUCACACUAAAAAUCCUUCUAGGUUUCCUCCUUCAGCCAAGUCGACGCCUCCACCACCGAAGGAACUUCCAUCCAAACCUGGGUCGUCGAAGCCUAGUUCUUCAAAGGGGAAACGACUAGCUGCGACUAAAACCCCAUCUGAGCCCACUCAACCUAAGACAAGGUCUGUUCCUUUGCGUUCACAAAGAGGAAAACCUCGUCUCCCUCUCAAAUCUGUUAGAGAACCAGACAUUGAUCCUUUUUCUCAUAAAUCCCAUUUCAUGAUAUCUCACUCCAACUAUAACUCUAUAUAG